CCUUUCAAAAUGGCUUCCACGGAAGGUCCGGUUUGUCAAAUAUUCUCCUUUCAGGAUUGUAAAGCGACCCCAGACCCAGUGUUUGAGCUCCCUCCUCAGUGUCUGAGCCAAACACCGGUCCCGAUAGUAAUAGAUAAUGGCUCCUUCCAGACUCGUGCUGGUUGGGCGGUUGAGUCUGAUUCCCCGCGUCUGCUCUUCAGGUCGGUGGCUGCGCGCAGCAGAGGAGCUGCCCGCAGCGAGACCCAGAUCGGCAACGAUAUCCCGAACCUGGAGCCACUGCGAUGGCUCCUAAAGAGCCAGUUCGACCGAAACGUUGUAGUUAACUUCGAAAUCCAGGAGCUUAUCUUUGACCAUGUGUUUACACACCUGGGCAUCACUUCGGAGGGCAGUGUUGACCAUCCCAUUGUGCUGACAGAGGCGCCCUGCAACCCACUUCACUGCCGGCAGAUGAUGUCGGAGUUGCUGUUUGAGUGCUACCACGUCCCAUACGUUUCCUACGGCGUGGAUGGCUUGUACAGUUUCUGCCACAAUUACUCUCAAAGGAAUCUGCAGCCCCCUCACACCGGCAUUGUUCUGUCCUCUGGAUACCACUGCUCCCACAUACUGCCAGUGAUCAACGGCAGGCUAGACGCGGUGAACUCUAAGCGUGUGAACGUGGCGGGCAGCCAGGCGGCGUCCUACCUGCAGCGCCUUUUGCAGCUGAAAUACCCGGGUCACCUCGCUGCCGUCACGCUGAGCCGCAUGGAGGAGCUGCUGCACGAGCACAGCUACACGGCCGUGGACUAUCACGAAGGCACUGCGCUCGAAUAUUUCCUGCUCGUCGGACUAGAAAAGUGGCGCAGCCCGGAGUUUUAUGAGCGGGAAGUUCACCGAAUGCAGCUGCCCUAUUCAGGGAAGGUGCCCGGUGGCUGCGUGAGCGUGGAGGAGCGGCAGGAACGGCGAGCUCAGCAGCUUCGACGACUUCAGGAGAUCAAUGCUCGCCGACGAGAGGAGAAGCUUCAGCAGGACCAAGAGAGGCUGGACAGACUUUUGGCUGUGCAGGAGCUGUUGGAGGACGGUCUGUUGGAUCAGUUUCACAAGAGUCUGGUGGUUCUGAACAUGGACUCAGCUGAGGAGCUUCAGUCAUACAUAAACAAGCUGCAGCUCGCUGUUGACCAGGGCAGACAGAAGCUGCUGCACAGCGAGGGAUCAGAGGGAAAGAUUGAGGUGUCGGAGUUGGAUCAGCCCAUGGAUGAAGGAGAUGGGGUGGCACUGAUGGAUUCAGACUUCUCUGAGGACACGCUGCCGGAAAAAUCUGCAAACAUGGUUCAGCCUGCAUUCAACAUGGCAGAGUAUCACCAACUGUUUGUGGGGACAGAGCGUCUUCGUUGUCCAGAGAUUCUGUUUCAGCCCUCUCUGACUGGAGAGGAUCAGAUGGGACUGAUGGAGACGCUGCACUAUGUCCUGGCUAGGUACUCCCCAGCGCAGCAGGAGGCCCUGGUGAGCAGUGUGUUUCUGACCGGAGGAAACAUGCAGUAUCCCGGGAUGAAGGAGCGGAUAGAGAGGGAGCUGCUGGCCAUGAGGCCCUUUCAGUCGCACUUCAAGGUCACGUUGGCAUCCCGGCCGGCCCUGGACGCCUGGUAUGGAGCACGAGACUGGGCGCUGGAACACCAACCGGGAGCAGAAGCAGAGGGAUGGAUCAGCAGGCAGGACUACGAGGAGAAAGGAGGCGAGUAUCUGAAGGAGCACUGCGCCUCGAACCCUUUUGUUCCCAUGAAGAUUGCCAAGCCAGUUCCCGCCCGCCCCGCGGAGACGCCUGUCACUACGCAGACGUCCACAGGAGUCUCUGCCGCCAUCACCGCGGUAACAUCUGCACCCGCUCCCUCCUCCUCUGCCGGCGAUGUCACCAUGGUUACCUCUUGAAAUGAGGUCUCAAAGACUAAAGAGAUAAAAAAAAUUAUGCUCCUUUUCAUUUAUUUGAACUCGCCUCAUGCUUUUCAGCAACCUACAGGAAGCAGGUGUCAGCCUCAUGCACUCAGUCAAAUUUGGACUUUACUGAACACAUUGCCAUUUGAUUCACAGGGGCUAAAUGUGACAGAUUUUUAGCGGUUUGAUUUCACAUUGCUGGAAAACGGCCUCAAUAAAACAUAAAUAGUUAAUGCAGGGAAGUUAGAUUCAUAUUUGUAGUGUUUUUCUUUUUUUUUGGAUUUGACAUUUAUUCAUACUGUCUGAGUUUGGAUUUUGAGUAAAAAAAAGCCUUUGUUUAUACACCAUACUGGGAAAAGCUGUUCAUAUUGAAUAGUCACAAACUAUCAAAAGUCUUUAUCCACAUGUUGUGUAUUUUUGUAUAAAUAAAAAUGCUGAAUGUUUUUUUAAAGAAUGCAUUUGCGCUGAUUAGAACAUUCUUCCUUACGCUGACUUAAUAGGUUCCGUCCUCUUCCACAAGACUGAACAUAUUCCUUUGAGUUGCUUUUAUUUUCCCUGUCUGUUUUUUUUAUUAGCAUCUUUCCUACACACCCUUUAGUACUAUUACUUUUCAAGUUAGUGUAAUUAUUUGUUUAAGAAGCUUAUGCAUUUAUCCACAGUUUCCUGCAUAUGAGCAGCCCCUUUGAACUUAUGAUUGGAUGCUGUAAUAUACUGUUGCACCAUUAGGUGGCACACAGCCACACUAAAUGGAGUCCUUCAGUUGUCAUUUAUGCAAAUUAUUACACAAUACUGACCUUUAUGUUCACUAUUUCCAGUAGAUUGAGUCCUAAGGGACCACCAGAGCCUCUGUUCUUGCUGUUCUUUUUUUAUUAUGUCUGGUUGUAGACUUAAUUGUCUAGUUUACAGCCACAUGAUUUAAACAAAUAUAUACUUUAUUGUCCUGUUGGUUUUUAAACCUCCAGUUUAUUUUGCUUGGUAUUCAGGGGGUCACAGGACAGCAGGUGAAUCCUCAGAUAUGAUACAGUCUGGCCUCUACAAACAUAUUUGUAAAGUUCACAUGGCCUAAAGUUCAAACUGACAUCCAGCUUGUUCUGCUAUGCUUCAAAUUGCUGUAUGCACACACACAAACCCAGAAAAAAAACUGUUUUCAAAGCAAGGCAUUGAAUGAGUCGGAUCAGAGCCACCAAUGGCCCGUAACUCAAAGGUGAAUGGCCUGAAUUCAGCAAAUGGAUUAGAAAAUAAAAACAAAGACGUCUUUUAUGUGUAAAUGCAAAUACGCGGAAUUUAUUGCCAUGGCUACGCUGCAUUUUUCAAAAUCUUUCCUAUUAUUUAAGAGAAGAAAGCAAAUAUGGAAAUGAACUUUUCUACCUAAUUCUCUCCCCCA